AUGGAGGGUGACUCUCCUUCCCCUGCCUACCCCUUCCCAGAGUUGCUGUGGGACACUGCCCGCCUCACAGGCCAGCCAAUACCGUCUGUCUGGGUGGAAAUCCGUCUCUGCCCGGCCUUUCUUGGAGAUGGAGGAAAACUGAUCAGCAUUCUUCCUCCGCAAACUUGGUGGGAAGGGAACUCAGGGCGGGCGAAGGCGGUGAAUUUGCAUCUCCAGGAAGCGGCGGAGCAGGAAAGCAGCCAGCAGGGGGCGGCAUUGAGCAGGACAGGAGCAGGCGAAGGCCAAUUGCUCUUAAAAUCCACAUGCUCUGUGUGGAAAAUACAGUGCCAAGAACAGAGCCACGAUGGCUGCAGGGACCCUGGCCUGGUCGGCAUCGCCUCCUCCCAGUUCUCAUCAGCUGUGCACCCCUCAGACCCCGUCCCAUUCGUGCCGGGAGCUAAGGACCCAAGCAAGAAUGAGAGGCCAAUUUUUAAACUUCUGAGCCCCAGCAUCUUGGCAGUGGGCAGCCUCCUUCUGUCCCCUGAAGGAAAUGCAGAGAAGCCAGCAGGGGGCUUUUCUGAGUGGAGGGUAGAGAAAACUCUGAAGGGCUUUUUGACCGUACUGACAUCUGACAUCUACCCUCUCAGAACUUCUGUAGCACGGGUCUGCGUUACUCAGUUGGCACCCAACCCAGUAGAUAAUGUGGGGCUGCUCUCCUUCACCACAUUUUCCUGGUUCACACUGGUGGUGAAGAAAAGCUACUGGCAAAAGCUGAUUGUGGACACUCUGCCCCUGUUGUCAACAUAUGACUCAUCCGACCACAAUGUCCAAAGAUUUCUAGUCCUUUGGGUUGAAAGGAUAGGUACUGAGAAGGCCUCUCUGGGCCAUAUGGUCUGGAAAUUCCAGAGGACUCGCUUGUUGAUGAACAUCGUGGCCAAUAUCACGUGCAUCAUCACAAAAACCAUAGGGCCACCAGUUUUCAUUCACAAAACCCUCCAGCUGACUGAGAGAGCAUCUGGAAAAGUCUGGGUUGUCAGUGGCCUGUGUAUAGCCCUUGUUGCCACCGAGUUUACCAAAGGCUUCUCAGCUUUUGCCUAGGCCAUCAACUACCGCACAGCUGUCUGGUUGGAGGUGGUGCUCUCCACCCUGGUUUUCGAAAACCUGGUGUCCCUCAAGACAUUGACACACAUCUCUGUUGGUGAGGUGUUCAAUAUACUGUCAAGCAAUAGCUAUUCCUUAUUUGAAGUUGCCUUGUUUUGUCUCUUGCCAGCCACCAUCCUGAUGCUAAUGGCCUUUUGUGCAGGUGCCUUUUUCAUUCCGGGGCCCACAGCUCUCACAGCAAUAACCAUGUAUGUCCUAUGCAUAGUUAUUCAGAUGUUUAUGGCCAAGCUCAAUUCAGCUUUCCGAAGGUCAGCAAUUUUGGUGACAGACAGAGUUCAGACAAUGAAUGAGUUUCUGAUCAGCAUCACAAUCAAAAUGUAUGCCUGGGAGAAAUCUUUUACCAACACUAUCCAAGACAUAAAAAGAAGGGAAAGAAAAUUACUGGAAAAAGCUGGAUUUGUCCAAAGCGGAAAUUGUGCCCUGGCUCCCUUCAUGUCCUCCAUAGCCAUCGUGCUGACAUUCUGCCACAUCCUCCGGAGAUGCAAGCUCGUCGCACCCGCAUUUAGUAUGAUUGCCAUGUUUAAUGUAAUAAAGUUUGCCAUUGAAAUUUUGCCCUCCUGAGUAAAAGCAAUGGCUGAAGCCAAUGUCUCUCUAAGGAGAAUGAAGAAAAUUCUCAUAGAUAAAAGCCCUCCAUCUUACAUUACCCAACCGGAAGACCUAGAUAUUGUGUCGCUUGUAGCAAAUGCCACCUUGACAUAACAUGAAGCCAGCAGGAAAAGUGACCCAAAGAAAGUGCAGAACCUGAAGAGGCAUUUAUUCAAGAAACAGCAGUCAGAGGCAUUCCGUGAGUGGAGUCCAGCAGCCAAAGGAGCCACUGCCCACGUAAGCCUUGUGGUGAGAAAGGGGAAGAUCUUGGGAAUAUGUGGGAAUGUGGGAAGUGGAAAGAGCUCUCUCCUUGCAGCUGUCCUAGGGCAGGUAAGCUGUGUGGUAAGGGUGGUGGCAGUCUGUGGAACUUUGGCCUGUUCCCAGCAGGUGUGGAUCUUUCAUGGAAAUGUGAGAAAAAACAUACUAUUUGGAGAAAAGUAUGAUUGCAAAAGCUUGGUGUAUUGCUAUAUUGGGGAGCGGGGCCUCAACCUCUCCAGGGAGCAGAGGCAGCAGAUUAGCCUGGCCCACACUGUCUACUCUGACCAUCAGCUCUACCUACUGGAUGACCUCCUGUAGGCCGUGGAUGCCCACUUGGGGAAGCACGUCUUUGAGGAGCACAUUAAGAAUGCUCGGGGGAAGACGAUCGUCCUGGUGACCCACCAGCUGCAGUUCUUACAGUCCUGUGAUGAAGUUACUGUGUUAGAAGAUGGAGAUAUUUGUGAAAUGGAAAGCCACAAGGAGUUAGUGGAGGAGGGAGGGCAUUAUGCAAAACUGAUUCACAACCCUCGAGGAUUGCAGUUCAAGGAUCCUGAACACCUUUAUAAUGCAGCAAUGGAGGAAGCCUUCAAGGAGAACGCUGCCAAGAGAGAGGAAGAUGCUGGUAUGAUCGUUUUGGCUCUCUGAAAUGAGAAAGAUGAAGGAAAAGAAUCUGAAACACACUCAGAAUUUGUAGACACCACAGUUCCUGUGCACCAGCUCAUCCAGACUGAAUCCCCCUAGGAAGGAACUGUCACCUGGAAAACAUGUCACAAAUACAUUAAGGCUUCUGGAGGGUACCUCCCUUCUCUCAUCACUGUGCUCCUCUUCCUCCUGAUGAUCGGCAGCUCUGUGUUCACACACAGAGCAGAGAAAAAUGAAACUGCCAAUUUCUCGGGUCGAGGAGAUGCCCUCUCCCCAGAAAUGCUGGCAAAAUUGUGUGUUCUCACUGGGCAGCACGGAGCCACAGAUGCUUUGAAGCCUCUGAGAGCCACUUGUAUUCACUGGGUGACCUGUGGGCCCCAGGGCAACAGGACCACGUGUGAGGUUGGCGCAGUGCUGGUAGGCAUCGGGCAACAUGUGUACCAGUGGGUGUAUGCUGCAAGCAUGGUGUCCGUGCUGGUGUUUGGUGACACCAAAGGCUUUACUUUCACCAGGGUCACACUGAUGGCAUUCUUCUCACUGUAUGACAUGGUGUUUGAUAAGAUCUUAAAGAACCCACUGAGCUUCUUUGACAUGACACCUACUGGCGGGGUAAUGAACCGUUUUUCCAAGGAUAUGGACGAGUUGGAUGUGAGGCUGCCGUUUCACACAGAGGACUUUCUACAGCAGUUUUCUAUGGUGGUGUUUAUUCUCAUAAUGUUGGCUGCCGUGUUACCUAAUUUCCUUAUAGUUGUGGUGUUCGUUGCUAGAGGCUUCUUCAUUCUCUUACACAUUUUCCACAGAGGAGUCCAAAACCUCAAGAAGGUGGAGAAAGUCAGUUGGUCACCCUGGUUCUCCCACGUCUCCUUCUCUGUGGAGGGCCUGGGAAUCAUUCACGCCUAUGGCAAGAAGGAGAACUAUAUCACCAAGUGAGCACUGUUGUUCCAUGCUGUCCUGAAAUGGUUAGUGCUGAGAAUGGGUGUCCUCAUGAACAUCCUCACCUUCACUGUGGUCUUGAUUGUGACCCUGAAUUUCUCCUCCCUCACUGCUUCAUCCAAAGGCCUGUUAUUGUUAUACAUCAUCUAGCUGAAUGGACUGCUCCCAGUGUGUGUGCAAAUAGGAACAGAGACCCUAGACAAAUUCACCUCUGUGGAGCUGCUCAGGGAUACAUUUCGGUAAGAAAUUAAUACCUGUGUUCCUGAAUGCACUUAUCCCCUCAAAGUGGAGAGCUGUUCCAAAGACUGGCAGCGAGGGGAGAUCACAUUUAAAGGCUAUCAGAUGAGAUGCAGAGACGACACCCUUGUUCUUGACAGCCUGAACUUGAACAUACAAAGUGGGCAGACGGUCGGGAUUGUUGGAAGACCAGGUUCAGGGAAGUCAUCGUUAGGAAUGGCCUUGUUUCGUCUGGUGGAGCCAGCCAGUGGCACAAUCUUCAUUGAUGAGGUGGGUAUCUGACUGUCUGUGGAGGACCUCAGAACCAAGCUGACUGUGACCCCACAGGAUCCUGUCGUGUUUUUAGGCACCGCAAGGUCCAACUUGGAUCCCUUUGAGAGUCACACCGAGAUGCUCUGGCAGGUUCUGGAAAGAUUGUUCAUGAGAGACACAAUAAUGAAACUCCCAGAAAAAUGAUAGGCAGAAGUCGCAGAAAAUGGAGAAAACUUCUCAGUAGGGGAAUGUCAGCUGCUUUGUGUGGCCUGAGCUCUUCUUCGUAAUUCACAGAUCAUUCUCCUUGAUGAAGACGCCACCGCCUCCAUGGACUCCAAGACUGACGCCCUGGUUCAGAACACCAUCAAAGAUGCCUUCAAAGCCUGCAAAGUGCUGACCAUCACCCACUGCCUCAACUUGGUUCUCAACUGCAAUCACAUCCUGGAAGAUGGGAAGGUGAUUGAGUUUGACAAGCCUAAAAUCCUUACAGAGAAGCCAGAUUCUGCAUUUGCGAUGUUACUAGCAGCAGAAGAUAUUGCAGGAGUUCUGGCGGCAGAUUCUAGAGGAGGAAGAGGCUCUAUGUGGAGGAAGCAGUGCCUGGCACCUGGGAGCACUCAGGAAGCACUUGUGGCAGCUGUGAAUGACAGCCUCUAA